AUGAAGAAGACGAAAAGCUUCCAGUCCUCUAGCUUCGGCCAUGAAGUUAACCGUCUAUUCUCUACUUCUUCAUCUGCUUUAUCCAUGGCGAAAUCUUCUACAAAUAAUCAUCAACCUCAAACUAAACCAUAUAUCCACGAACCAAUCUUCAAUCCGAUUCGUCAUUUCAUUGAUACACUCCUAAAAUGCAAUAACCUUGAGCAAAUCAGACAAGUUCAUGCUCAUAUUACUAUCUACGGUUUGUAUCAUAACCUAAUUGUUGUAAACAAGCUCCUUUACUUAUACACAUAUUCAAAAUCACUUAAAGACGCUCACGCUCUAUUUGGUGUAAUGAAAGAAAGAGACGUCGUAACUUGGACUGUCAUGAUUGGUGGUUUUGCAAAGUUCGGUUUGCAAUUGGAUGAAUUUAUAGUAGCUGCACUUGUAGAUAUGUAUGCUAAUUGUGAUGUUCUUGAUGAUGCACGCCAACUGUUUGAUAAAAUUCCAAAGAGAGAUUUAACUACUUGGACUGUUAUGGUUAGUGCAUUUGCUAAGUCUGGAAACCUUAGUGAGUCUCUUGUAUUGUUUGAUAUAAUGAUAGAUGAAUGUUUUGUUCUCGAUAAGAUUUCUAUGGUGACGAUUGUUAACGCUUGUGCGAAAACCGGGGCUAAGAAUAAGGCGAGAUUAGUUCAUGAUUAUUUGUUGUGGAGGAUUUUUUCGAUUGAUGUAAUUCUUGGCUCGGCGAUAAUUGAUAUGUAUGCUAAGUGUGGGAAUGUUGACUAUGCUCGGGUGAUAUUCGACGAGUUGAGUCGAAAGAAUGUGACCUUUUUGAUUUAUUUAGUAUAA